AUGUUCACAGUUUUGAUUAACUUUGCAUUAAGUCAAGUGCAUUCAAUUACCUCAGAGGAAGCUGACAAAUUAUUCACUGAGGAGCCCCAUAAGCCUAUAUUUGUAACUCUUGAAUCAAUGUGGUGCGCUCAUUGUUUAGAAUUCAAGCCUGUUAAAGAGCGUAUUGAACAAUUUUACAAAGAUAAUGAUAAAGUCGAUAUAAUGAUGAUCUCUUGUGAUAACGAAAGAGAUCUUUGUAGACAAUUUCAAGGAGAAGGAACGCCAAGACUAUACAUGGUUACGACAACAAUAAUAGAUGCUGAAAGAUAUGAAGGAUCAAGAUCUUUUGAAGAAAUUCGAGCUUUUAUUCAAAAAUUUAUUCAACCACCUGUACUUCAAAUUGAAAAUGAAACACAACUUUCCACUGAGCUAAAUGCCAAUUUAGAAUCUUCGAUAUUCUUCUUACAAGAUUUUAAGAAUACAAAUUUAUCACAAAUAUUUUCAGAGAUUGCCAAGCAAUAUGUUAAUUAUCCAGCUAGAUUUUACAAUAUCACAUAUAAGUAUUUCCAAUCCGAUGAAUCUCGCAUCUAUCACUAUUAUACUCCUACAAAUAAAACUCUUCCUUAUUCAGGUCAAAUAAAUUUCGAUGAUGUACAAGCAUUUAUUUACGAACAUCUUUAUCCACCGUUUGGAUCACCUUCUUCAACUUUCUUUGAGAUACAAACAAAAUUAAAAGAACCAUUUAUUGUUUUGGAGGACUGGGAGAAGAAAUUCACCAAAGAAAUACAACAGUUAACAUUGAAAUUACCAGAUAACCUCAAAAUUAUUGAUAUUGACUGCAUGUCAUAUGAAAGAUUUUGCAGAGCGAUCAGAGUUGACAUUACGCAUCGUCCUUUCAUUUCUAUGGUCAAGAUGCAUAAGAAUACUUGGUAUAAAUUUGAUUCCGAUUACGAUCCUGAAAAAUUUGUUGAAUGGGCCAAUAAAGCAUGGCAAGGAAAACUGAAAGAGUAUGGACCAGGUGCUGGAAUCAUGGGAUUUUACAGAAGAGUCGUCAAACCUUUUGUUCAGAAAAAUAAGUUAUACUUUUAUUUAGGAAUCGCUUUUGUUGUUCUUAUAAUAAUCAUACAGAUAAUCAAGGCUUGCUGCUUCAUUAUUGGAUUUGAUGGUCCUGAAAAAUACAAAUAUGAUUAA